AUUUCUUCCUCUCCUUCCACUAUUAAUCGUUCUCUCUCGCAACACUUUGGUCGGCUUAUCAUCUUUGCAUCAUGAAGUAUUCAUGGUAUUUGGUGCUGAUCAGUGUUCUCGUCCUUAUAGUUGGCACUGGUGCCUCACCAGAUGCCAGUGGCAAUCAACUAUGGGCGCAGACUUGUAACAGCAAUAAUAAGAGAGGUGUAGUUGUCAGCACAAACGACACACUUGUACCGCUAUCGGGUAACUGGGCUACAACAUCUAGUUGCUCUCCAACACCGACACAAACAUCCCCAACAACAACAAGCACGGGAACCGAAGCAACAUGGGAAGCACCAACGCCAACUUAUCAGCCAGCAACAUGCGCUAGCCAGAACCCAAAUACGUGGUCCUGGAGCGAUUAUCUAUAUCAUACUUACGGAUACGGCAUUACUCCUGCAUUGGGUGUAAUGGGUGGUCUGCUGAUGUUAAUCGGUUUACACCUAAUGUCGUUUGGGUUCCGUAUCUUUCGAGGAACCCUCGCUAUUGUCGGCUUUACGGUAUUUGGUAUCAUAACCUGGAUCGGUCUUACCAACGGAGAACCAGCAGGCGGAUAUCCACACCGAGAAAUUGUUUAUAUAACAGUUAUUGUCGGUCUCGGCCUUCUGGGUGCUGUGCUCUUCAUGUUUUUUUGGUUCAUUGGCAUUUAUCUGAUUGGUGGUUUGUGUGGAUUCCUGUUGUCGAUAUUCAUAAUGUCAUGGAAAGAAAAUCUAGUCAUUGAAAAUAACAUUGCCCGAAUAUGCUUUAUAAUUGGCAUGGUGUUCCUCUUCAGUGCCUCCAUAUAUAUGGCUGAACGAUAUGUGAUUCUCUUUUCACUAUCAUUCUCAGGAGCCUAUAUGUUCAUAUUUGGUCUCGACCUCUUUGUGCAUGCAGGAUUUGUCAAUGCGGCGCGCCUGAUUAUGGAUCACAAUGGAUGCCAUUUUAUCACUUAUCGCAUCAAUACUGGAAUCUAUGUGAUGCUUGCCAUGGUCAUUGUGCUAACACUGCUUUCAUUUGGCUGGCAAUACUACUGGAAUAUCAUAGCAAUGCACCGUUCCUUUGGAGUUAACGUCGUACCCGCCAAAGCAGAAACCGUCAUUGUGGAAAAAGUCACUUCCGCUGGAAGCGCUGUGGCACCAACGGAAGUGAUUGUUGAAAAAGUUCCAUCUUCCCAUCAUUCAGCUGUUAUCGUGGAAAAAGCUCCCACAUCACAUCACACAGAAGAAGUCAUUGUUCUCCCUAGCCAUCACAGCUCUCACAGCCAUCAUUCCGCUCCUCUUUCCGUAAUUCGAGAGAAUGCAAGUGCCAUAGCAUCCGGUGCUGCACUAGUGAAAGGCAGUAGCCAUCACACCAGCCACCAUACUCCCGUUGUUGUCGCAUCAGGCCCACGAUCUGUGGUUGAAUCCAUUGCACCUUCCACUCACCACACUGUGAUAUCUCCCUCCAGACAUAGUGUCCCAACGAUAGAGGGGCCGAGAUCAAUCAUAUCUCCAAGUCGCCAUUCUGGUGGUAUACUAUCUGGCGGUUUACUCUCUGGUGCAUCGAAUAUCAUUCCUAUCUUAGCAGGAACAGCCUCUAGGCACAGUGUUGCACCUACUAACACUCGGUCAGCACGAGGAACAAUGCUACCUGUGCCUUCAGCUCCUGGCAGUCGCCACACUGGAUCUCGAUCGGUAUCUGGUUCUGGUUCUGGUUCUGGCGAAGUACUAGUCGUACCCUCUGCACACAGCCGAUCUGGCAACGGCAGUGGAAGUCACCAUACCAGCCAUCACUCAAGCCAUCACACCAGUCAUCACACUAGCCACCACUCAAUUGCACCUUCGGCGACCAGUCGUUCAAUCGCUGCGGCAUCCGCUGCACAAUCCGGCGUUAAGUCUCAAGCUACCGCAAAAUCAGCGAGUGGUCAAGGUUCUCGAACGUCAGCUCAACCCGAACUUGACACACACUCAGUAUCCAGUACAACCGCACAUACAGAACCUCCCAGACAGCCUCCAAUGAGAAAGUUGUUCGGAAUUAUUCCCUUGUAAAUUGAGUAAUGAUAUACUACUCGGCAAAUUUUGUAUUUUUUUUUUCUUUUGACUAUUUAUCGUACGGAUACCUCAACCUCGCCCACAAUAAAGAUGCGAAUAUUAUCGUUUCUCUUACGUACGUCAUUAACAUGGUUUUGGUGGUCAUCCAAGAGUACAAAAAUGAGAGUUUGGCAGUAAUAGGAAGUAGCGUCAUACAAAUCAAGUAAUAUUACGACAACAGAGGUGUAACCGAGCAAACAUACUGCGCACCAGCGAUUGUCGAAGGCAUAGUAGCUGAUACAAAACUGCCAGGCAAGUGCGGCUGCAAGAAAUUUAUCUCUGUGGCAUACGCAAACUUGUUUGCCCGAGCUCGUACCUGGC